AUGGGAAAGCUGCAACCAACCUCAUCCAACGCCAAACUCGAACCUGCGCCCUCAUGGGACGCCGAUCCCUCUUCUCCACCGCCCGCCAAUGCAACUAACGAUCCCCCGCUGCCGGAUUCUCUCCCCACCCACCAGCCGCAAAAUCGCGACGCCAACAGCAACGAUGACGAGAAAACCUCCACUUCUCCACUACCAUCACCAAAACCCACUAUUCCUCCUCCUCCUCCUCUCCCUUCCCAGGCCAAGCCGGAGCCAUCAAUGCCGCUGCCGCCAAUGACGCUGCACCACCCGGACGACAUAGAGUCCAUGCAAGCGGUGUUUUUCCCUCCGGCGCCCCUGGUGGCAGUGGCAACCGCCCCGGGCAACGAGAUUGUGCCUUACGUGCCUCCUGAAAAUUUUAGCAACAAACAAGAAACGGGCCAACACGGGCCUGGGUUUGGGCUUGGUCCGGCAGCUACCAGGCCACAUGGAGCGCCCGGGGCCCAAGUUAAUAGCCACGAGGCGGCGUCAUGGCCGGGGGUCAUGUUUCCGCCGCACGAGGCGGAUAAUAAGGCGGCAUUCCGGCCGGCCCCAGAAGUCAAUAACAACGAUAAUGUGCCGGCAGCAGCUGCACCGCUGGCUCUGGUGGCUAGGUCGAGUAGGCUUCAGCCGGAAGGACCGACGGUGAUUCUGGUUCCGUUCGUUGGGGUUCCAUGGAAGAGUGGGAUCUUUGAUUGCUGUCAACACCCCACUAAUGCAAUAAUGACAACAGUAGCACCAUGUGUGACAUUCGGCCAAAUUGCUGAGAUAUUGGACAACGGCAGCACCAGUUGCUUGACGGGCGCAUUUCUGUACUUCUUCUUGUUCCUGGUGUUAUGCCAUUGGAACGUCGGAGUCCGGUACAGGAAGAGGAUUCGGGACGCAUUUCAGAUAGCAGACACGCCGGUCACCGACCGAAUCGCCCACACUCUGUGCCCACUUUGCUCACUUUGCCAGGAGUUCCGGGAGCUUAAAUACCGCGGCCUAGACCCUUUUCUAGGUUACCAAGGCGUGAUCGCAGACAUUCUGCACGAGCAGAGGCAACAAGGAGAGGGAAACAUCCCUCCCCCGAACCAAAUAUCAGAAACGCUGGUCACCGACCGGCUCGCUCACAUCCUGUGCCCGCUUUGCUCACUUUGCCAAGAGUUCCGGGAGCUUAAAUACCGCGGCCUAGACCCUUUUCUAGGUUACCAAGGCGUGAUCGCAGGCAUUCUACACGAGCAGAGGCAACAAGGAGAGGGAAACAUCCCUCCCCCGAACCAAGUGAUGAUGAGAUGA